AUACUAGCACUCACAUGGGUCCCAAUCUAACAGCGUCGGAUCCUCCCAUUGCUGACCUGCACCCUUACGAAGAACAGUCUUGCGCUUAUCGCCCUUGUUCAUCUUCUGGGCGGUAGAUUUUGAUUUAAAUGAGGCUGUAGUAGGCACAUAGGCAGAUUGCUGGUUCAGUGUUUGAUCGCCGCUGUAUGACAUCGUUUUUUAUGAUGAUAGUCGGAGUGCAAGAAGUUUCUUGAACAGCGACAGUGAUGUCUGCUAUAAGAAGAGCAAUAGUGCCUGGUCUGAGAUCUUACAGCAAUAAAGCCAGCACUUCUCAGGCUAAGAACACGCCACAAGAUCAGACAAAGGGAGAUAAAGUACCGGAGAAAAAGAAGUCGAUAAAGGAGAUAGACGAUGAGAUGAUCUCCAAGCUCAAAGAUAGGGAUACAGGUCAGGAGGAGAUCGAAGAGGGCAACAUUGAGGGUGGACUUAAGCAUCAUGUACGAGCACAGAAAUUUAGAUUGAUUUAG